GCGCGCAGGGGCGGGGCGGGGCCGGACCGGGCAGAGCCGCGGGCGCGCGCAGGCAGCCGCCGCCGCCGCCGCCGCCGCCGCCGCCGCCAUGGGCUGCACCGUGAGCGCCGAGGACAAGGCGGCCGCCGAGCGCUCCCGCAUGAUCGACAAGAACCUGCGGGAGGACGGCGAGAAGGCGGCGCGGGAGGUGAAGCUGCUGCUGCUGGGUGCCGGUGAAUCUGGGAAGAGCACCAUUGUCAAACAGAUGAAGAUCAUCCAUGAGGAUGGCUACUCAGAGGAGGAGUGCCGGCAGUACAAAGCCGUGGUCUACAGCAACACCAUCCAGUCCAUCAUGGCCAUCAUCAAGGCGAUGGGGAACCUGCAGAUUGACUUUGGCGACUCCUCCAGAGCGGAUGAUGCUCGGCAGCUGUUUGCACUCUCCUGCACCGCUGAGGAGCAGGGCAUCAUGCCGGAGGACCUGGCCAACGUGAUCCGGAGGCUGUGGGCUGACAACGGGGUCCAGGCUUGUUUUAACCGCUCCCGAGAGUACCAGCUGAACGACUCCGCGGCCUACUACCUGAACGACCUGGAGAGGAUAGCCCGUGCCGACUACAUCCCCACCCAGCAGGACGUGCUGCGCACCAGGGUGAAGACCACCGGCAUCGUAGAGACCCACUUCACCUUCAAGGACCUGCACUUCAAGAUGUUUGACGUGGGUGGCCAGCGCUCGGAGCGGAAGAAGUGGAUCCACUGCUUCGAGGGGGUGACGGCCAUCAUUUUCUGCGUGGCUCUGAGUGCCUACGACCUGGUGCUGGCUGAAGAUGAGGAGAUGAACCGGAUGCACGAGAGCAUGAAGCUGUUCGACAGCAUCUGCAACAACAAGUGGUUCACGGACACGUCCAUCAUCCUCUUCCUCAACAAGAAGGAUCUCUUCGAGGAGAAGAUCGUGCACAGCCCCCUCACCAUCUGCUUCCCUGAGUACACAGGGGCCAACAAGUACGACGAGGCGGCCAGCUACAUCCAGAGCAAGUUUGAGGACCUGAACAAGCGGAAGGACACCAAGGAGAUCUACACCCACUUCACCUGCGCCACCGACACCAAGAACGUGCAGUUUGUCUUUGAUGCCGUCACUGACGUCAUCAUCAAAAACAACCUGAAGGACUGCGGGCUCUUCUGAGAGCCGGCGCUGCCCAGGACCCCUGGCUGUGCUGGCGAAGGAAGGACCGCGCCACCCCCCCACUCCUGCUUCUCUUCAGAUUCAUCCCUCUGCCCCCACUCCAUAAAGAGACUUUUUGGGUGCCAGCACGGUGGCAGGGCCCUUGUCCCCCCUGCCACCCACGCUCGCCCCCCACCAUUCUCCUCGCCGGCGUCACCCUUCCUGGAGAAAACAAGGUUUUAAUCUUGGUUUUUAACCCCUGAACCGCUCCAGCCCCCCUCUUCAUCUGCUCCUGAGCCCUGGCGCUCUCACUGUUUACAUUGCAAGUGUUACUGGCACGGGGGGGACGUGGGGGUCCCCUCGGGGAUGCCCACCCGGCCAAAAGCACGACCGAUGACAUUCCUUUUAGUAAACCAGAAAAGAAAGAAAGAAAGAAAAAAAAAAAAAAAAACCAAACCAAACCAAACCCCAAAACCA